UUUAAUAAACAAGUGAAAUAUCAUCAUUACUACUAAGGAAACGAGAUGAUUUUAUCUUUCCUGUAUAAUUCAAGGAAAUAGCGCACAUGCAAUCAGAUGAGUUAUCAGAUUUCUGGUGCAGGAAUGAAGAUGGGGGUAUUAGUCGUCCUGGUAAGAGAAGAGUAAUCUCCAAGGUAUCCAGAUCUGAUAUCAGAGUUUCAGCUGCACUUGCUAACACUGACCGUGUGCAGGAUUGUAGGAACAAGGCCCUGUCCGAGAUAUGUUUGUUUGUGCUUGUACGUCACGUGAACUCUAUAUCUUGGGAUAAUGUGUGUCAGCAUAUUGCAGCUGAUAUUCUGAGAGCUGCUCAUACAGCUGGUACUAUAGCUGAUACCACUGUUCUCCGACUCAUUAAAUCUCCUCUUCAUACCAACUUUAUUACAGCGUUAGAUUUGUCCUCCCACAAGAGUGUACCCUGGCUGAAGAGCCUAUCAGAGCUGGCUAACUCGCUCACAAUACUCGACCUGUCCAGAUGCUCCUUUAGGAAAUCUAGCAACGACGCGGGGAUCACUUCAACAUUGGUUCAACUCACAAGGUUGGAGUGGUUAAGUUUAUCAAGCUGCGAGCUGGAUGACGGCGUGGUAAAGAAGCUUGUCUACCCCACCAAAUACUCUAAGAAAGGCCUCACCAAACUCCGAUAUCUCGACGUGUCAGAGAAUCCUUCCUUGUCUGAGUACGGUAUCUCACUAGCCCGGUCCUUCCCACUACUACAGACACUAGUCACCACACCACGUGACGUCACCACACCACGUGACGUCAUCACACCACGUGACGUCAUCACCCCACGUGACGUCACCACACCACGUGACGUCAUCACACCACGUGACGUCACCACACCACGUGACGUCACCACAUCACGUGACGUCACCACACCACUUGACCAGAAAUAUUUUCCCUACCCUGACCACGAGCUGGUUAGCUGGGGUCACGACAUUGUCAUCCGCUGGAUCACUGGAGAACUUCCUCAUAGACCUGCUGGUGUGUCUACCGCUGCGUUCUACAACCUGAACACUAAAGAAAAAGCAACGGAUCAAAAUAUUAAGAAAUACAAGAAGUUUGAACCAUUUAGAUCCGACAACAGAUUAGAAGUUUCCGGAUCUUCUGUUGAAAAGCAACCUAUGGGAUCUCCUUCUCUGUUCCAACAUUACAGACAAUACAGUGGGAAAGAAAACAAUGCCAUCUUUAAUAACACAACGUCUACUAAUCAGAAAUCAGUUAAUAAAAAGAGACGAUUUAAAUUAAUAAGUACUCCCAAUCACCCCGUGAACAGUAAAAAACGUAAAACUGCAAGUUUUAACAGAGUUAAAACUGAUGUUAUAUCAUCAUCAAAGACAGAUUGUGUAUUAGAUUGUUAUAAAGAUACAAAUCAGCCAUCAGAUAGUGCUAGUUCCAGGGGAGCUUCGUUAUUUUCUAGACUGGAUAGUGGUAUUGACAGUUUCUACAGUUGAACCGCAUGGACAGUACUGUUUAUUCUCAUUUUUAAUUUUACAAUACAAUUUAAUUUAACAAUUUGUUGUAAAAUCGGUUUUACUGACUGUUGCUAACUACUGCAACUUAGAAUUUGUGUUCGAUAUCUUUAUAAUAAUUGUUGAUGUUUCUUAUUUUAUCAUAUUAUGUCAUUAUGUCAGAAUCAGUUAAAAUUUCUCUGAUCCCACAAUUUAUCAUUAAUUUGGGUGCGUUUUUAUCUAACUGUAUGAAAGUCAUUAAAUAUAUAUUCUCUCUUCAUAUAUUAUGUAAAGUAGAAAAAAACAUUUAUCAGCUGAUACUAACCAUUGCUUUUAGUUAUGGGAACACUAGGAAAUAUAACACACGUAAUAUUUGAUUUGGAUGGACUUAUUCUAAACACAGAGGUUCUCUACGACGUUGCAAUCCAGAAGAUCUUAGAUAGAUUUGACAAAACAUAUACGUACGAUCUGAAAAUGAAAGUCAUGGGAAUGAAAUAUCACAAAGCAAUGGAACUUAUUCAAAAAGAACUUGACAUUCCGAUCUCACCCGAUGACUUGGUCACUGAAAGUAUGAACAAUCUUAAGGAACUAUUCAUGAAAUGUGGAACCAUGCCCGGCGCUGAGAAAUUAAUCCGACAUCUAGAAAAACAUAAUAUUCCAAUGUGUAUAGCAACUGGAAGCUCAUCAGCUGAUUACCAGCUCAAAACUCACUCUCACAAAGAUCUGAUCAGCUUGAUGGAGUUCGCUGUACGUUCUGAUGAUCCCGAGGUUAAGUUUGGAAAACCUAAUCCUGAUAUCUUUCUUCUUGCCAUGAGCAGGUUCAAGUCACCGCCUGUUUCUUCUAAGAACUGCUUGGUGCUGGAGGAUGCCCCGAAUGGUAUUAAAGCAGCUUUAGCAGCCGAGAUGAUGUGCGUGAUGGUGCCGGAUCCUAGACUGCAAGCUAUCCCACCAGCUCACUUAGUAUUGAAGUCGUUAGAAGAGUUUAGUCCUACAAGUUUUGGGUUACCUCCGUUCUAAGUCAUGAUAUUGGCAACAAAGUAGAUAUAUAGCGCAUGCUUGGGUAGCUUUUUCUUUCACGAGGUAAUUUAUUGACUUUUAUGGAAUGCUGUCUAAACAUAUUCAUUUCAGGAUUCAUUUACUUGACCCCACCAA